GUAUAUGCAGCCCAAAAAUACAAACCCGCAGACAGAUGCAUGAAGCCUGUCUUGACAAUAACACCCGAAAGUGUAAAAAUACAGAGACACUUUCCCUCUGACCCUCUUGCUAUGCUUCCCCCACUCCCUGAUACCCAAUCGACAUUUAUCCCUGGAAAUCAGCUCACCUUGGAAAGAUUUGCAGAACUGAAAAUAAACAAAUACAGAUUUCUUUGGCCUGAAGAAGAAAAACUCAUGGCAUGGGUCCUUCAUACCCACAAACAAGCAUUUGCUUGGAACAAGCAAGAAAUGGGUUUAUUUUGCAGUGAUUACUUCAACCUGGUCUGA